AUGUCACAACUUGUCAUGAAUUUAGUGCUGUCAACCAUAAAUUCAAAUGAACCCCAAAACAUCAUCCGAAAUUUCCGCAUGGUCACCCUUGUUUAUAUUUUAUUUCAUCCCCUGUCGUCUGUUUAUCUCGGGGCUUUAAACAUCCGACAGCGACCUGUUUUAAUGAAAUUUAUCUUAAAUCCUUUUUGUCUCUCAUCAAGCCUCAAAAAAGCUUCAUUUAUCAGCUUAGAAGUGCCUUGGUUGGUUUUAAACGAAUUAGGAGUGGAAAAAAGUAAGCACAAUUCUCUUGCUAGCCAUUCAUGA